AUGGCAUUAGACUCAAUGAAGGUUGAUGAGCAUAACGAUUGUGAUGAAGAUCUCUGUGAAAACGGCUGGUGUUUGGAGACUAUGAAAAGUUACAAAUGCAUCUGCUUUGCUGGAUUUCAAGGACCCCUCUGCAAUGAACCUGCAGAAUCACUAUUGACUGACGAAAUGAUGAUGACAAAGACGGGAGAAACGAGCACAGCAGACCUGGUGACCACUGAUACGCCCUCAAGGACAACACAUCUAGCGGAAUCCCUUGAAAGUCCAUCCGGUUGUAUAGAAUAUUUAUGUGAGAACGGCUGGUGUUUGGAGACUAUGGAGAGCUACAAAUGUUACUGUUUUGCUGGAUUCCACGGGACCCAUUGCAAUGAACGUACAGCAGAUAAUUCGAGCUGUCAAGAUAUUUUCGGAUGGUAUGAAGGCAAUCUUUAUUGUUACUUUGAUGAGAGAGUCAACUUUUCUCGAGCACUGACGAACUGUCGGAACAUCAACUGGAAAGAUCAGGAAGACGAUCAUUCUCCUGGUUUUUCCGAUCUAGUGUCCAUUCACAGUGAUGGGGAGACGAACAUUAUUUUGGACUUGUGCAAAGGAAAAGCUUGCCGAAAUCAGAAUCAAUGGAUAGGACUUUAUCAACCAACCCCAGAAGGUGCCUUUGAAUGGUCGGAUGGAACGGAGGUGAACUACACUGCAUGGUUUCCUUUGCAACCGGAUAAUAACAUCCCUCAUCUCCCAAAUUCUUCAGAAGACUGUGCUUAUAUUUGGAAGAAGAAAUAUCUCACUUCUUCUAGUGAGCCCAAAUCCUUGAACGACUCCGCUGUAAAAUUCACGAAGCAAUAUAUAGGACCAGGAAAGUGGAACGAUAACGAAUGUUCCGCUACUAUGGCCUACGUUUGCAAGAUAACCUUCCUAUGUCCUAGGCCUUGGGUGUUUUUCCAGGGUAAUUGUUAUCGUUAUUAUCAUGGGGAGCGCGUCAACUUUACUCAAGCCGUGACGAAUUGCAGGAACACUGACAAGUCCAAAGGCCAACCUGAUCUCGUAUCUAUCCACAGCGACGAGGAAAUGAACUUCGUUGCCAGUCUCUGUACACAGUCGAGAAGACGAGAUUUGGAAUCUCGCCUUCUCAUCUUCACAUACCCGAGAAGUCGGGAAGACGAUGUUUGGAAUCUUGCUUUAUCGCCUUCUCGUAUCCGAGAAGUCGAGAAGACGAGAUUUGGAAUUUCACCGUCUCGCCUUAUUGGACAAAAAAGGCUGAGAAGACGAGAUACCGGAUCACGCCUUCUCGCUUUAUCGGACCCAAAAAGUCGAGAAGACGAGGAAUUAUCUCGUCAUCUCGGUGGCACUUUUAAGCUUCCGUAG